AUGGGAAGUGGGAAAAAUAGGAGGGGGGCGGCAAAGAAUGAAGCCUGGGAGUCUCACAUCUUUUCAAACUCUUGCCAUCCUGCCGAGGAAGAUCCCUUGCCCUACUUCAAGGCAUGGACACAACCUCCACAACCGUUAAUGUCCAGUUCUCGCUUGGCUGCCAUCUCAGAUUCAGUUAUUACAAGUUAUGAAUACUGUAAUAGUGUCACCUCAACAGCUGCGCAUUCCCGCAUUCGCUUCCUGUUCGACGAUCGCUCCUCGUGGCUGUCGCUCCGAAGGCACUUUAACCCGUGUCAAGAGAACCGGACGAAUCUCGCCGAAAGCAUGAGACCGCUCGUGGUAUUUAUGCUGCUGGCCGUUGCAGCCGUUGCUGUGGUGGAUGCCGCCCGCCCCUGUGAGGAAGUAGGUGGCCUUUGCAAGAGAAAGGACAGCCUAAGAGGGAAGAAGUGCAAGCAAAUUGAGGAAGGACUCUGCAAGAAGGACAUGGUCUGCUGUCCUGGAAAGACAAAAUUCAAACUCGCGGAAAAAUCCCCUCGAAAAUGUCAAGACCCUGGCGAUCAAUGCUCGAAGGCAAAUGGCAAGUGUCGACAGACCUGCGGACAACACGAGACGGUUAAGGAGGGAAAAUGCAAAGGAAACAAUUGCAAAUGUUGCGUGAAAGACAAAGGAAAGACAAAAUCCAAACUCGUGGAAAAGUCACCUCGAAAAUGUCAAGACCCUGACGAUCAAUGUUCGAAGGCAAAUGGCAAGUGUCGACAGACCUGCGGACAAAACGAGACGGUUAAGGAAGGAAAAUGUAAAGGAAAAAAAUGCAAAUGUUGCGUGAAAGGCGAAGGUAAGACAAAAUCCAAACUCGUGGAAAAGUCACCUCGAAAAUGUCAAGACCCUGGCGAUCAAUGCUCGAAGGCAAAUGGCAAGUGUCGACAGACCUGCGGACAAAACGAGACGGUUAAGGAGGGAAAAUGCAAAGGAAAAAAUUGCAAAUGUUGCGUGAAAGGCGAAGGUAAGACAAAAUCCAAACUCGUGGAAAAGUCACCUCGAAAAUGUCAAGACCCUGGCGAUCAAUGCUCGAACGCAAAUGGCAAGUGUCGACAGACCUGCGGACAAAACGAGACGGUUAAGGAGGGAAAAUGCAAAGGAAAAAAAUGCAAAUGUUGCGUGAAAGGCGAAGGAAAAACAAAAUUCAAACUCGCGGAAAAAUCCCCUCGAAAAUGUCAAGACCCUGGCGAUCAAUGCUCGAAGGCAAAUGGCAAGUGUCGACAGACCUGCGGACAAAACGAGACGGUUAAGGAGGGAAAAUGUAAAGGAAAAAAAUGCAAAUGUUGCGUGAAAGGCGAAGGAAAGGCAAAAUUCACACGCAAGGGAAAAUCCUCUCGAAAAUGUCAAGACCCUGGCGAUCAAUGCUCGAAGGCAAAUGGCAAGUGUCGACAGACCUGCGGACAAAACGAGACGGUUAAGGAGGGAAAAUGUAAAGGAAAAAAAUGCAAAUGUUGCGUGAAAGGCGAAGCGAACGAAAUCCGGAAAUCUGAAAGCUGUGAAGACGAAUGCAAGAGGGCAGGAGGCAAGUGUCGAAAGUCCUGCAAGACAAAGAAGGGGGAAGUAGAGGGAGUCUGUCAAGGAGCAGACUGUAAGUGCUGCAUUACCCAGGGAAAGGCAAAAUUCACACGCAAGGGAAAAUCCUCUCGAAAAUGUCAAGACCCUGGCGAUCAAUGCUCGAAGGCAAAUGGCAAGUGUCGACAGACCUGCGGACAAAACGAGACGGUUAAGGAGGGAAAAUGUAAAGGAAAAAAAUGCAAAUGUUGCGUGAAAGGCGAAGCGAACGAAAUCCGGAAAUCUGAAAGCUGUGAAGACGAAUGCAAGAGGGCAGGAGGCAAGUGUCGAAAGUCCUGCAAGACAAAGAAGGGGGAAGUAGAGGGAGUAUGUCAAGGAGCAGACUGUAAGUGCUGCAUUACCCAGGAAGAAAAACCUUCAUCGGUUCAAAAGAAAGGAAAAUUCUGCAAAGCAGGAGUGCGGAAAUGUGAAGCGCGUGGUGGAGUGUGUAAAAAAAAGUGCCAAGCAAGAUUUUCUAUUAACACCUUUUGCAAGGGCAAAUGUUUUUGCUGUAAUAAAAAUUUUGUCGCCGAAAAGAAAAAAUGUGGUAAGGCCAAAGGAAAAUGCAAGGAGCAAUGUAAGAGUAACGAGACAGAGGAUGACUUAGAGAAAGGUUGCAGGAAAAAAUUGAAAUGUUGUGCUAAGAAAUGCAAGAUACAAGAUAAAUGUAUACAAGCAAACGGAGAAUGUCGCCGCUUCGGAAAGAAUUGUCCGCAUGGAAAGCUUAAAGGUGGCUGUAAAGGCAAGAAAUGUGUCUGUUGCUUGCCAGCAACGACGGCAGGACCAAACUCGACAGGACCAACGACAGCAGGACCAAAACCGACAGGACCAACGACGGCAGGACUAAAUACGACAGGACCAAACACAACAGGACCAACAACAGCAGGACCAACCACGGCAGGACCAACGACAGCAAGACCAACAACAGCAGGACCAACGACGGCAGGACUAAAUACGACAGGACCAAACACGACAGGACCAACGACGGCAGGACCAACAACGGCAGGACCAACGACGGCAGGACCAACAACAGCAGGACCAACCACGGCAGGACCAACAACGGCAGGACCAACAACAGCAGGACCACCGACGGCAGGACCAAGUACGGCAGGACCAACAACAGCAGGACCAAUGACGGCAGGACCAAGCACGGCAGGACCAACGACGGCAGGACCAACAACAGCAGGACCAACGACGGCAGGACCAACAACAGCAGGUCCAACGACGGCAGGACCAACGACGGCAGGACCAACAACAGCAGGACCAACAACAGUAGGACCAACGACGGCAGGACCAACGACGGCAGGACCAACAACAGCAGGUCCAACGACGGCAGGACCAACAACAGCAGGUCCAACGACGGCAGGACCAACGACGGCAGGACCAGGACCAACAACAGCAGGACCAACAACAGCAGGUCCAACGACGGCAGGACCAACAACAGCAGGUCCAACGACGGCAGGACCAACGACGGCAGGACCAACAACAGCAGGACCAACAACAGCAGGUCCAACGACGGCAGGACCAACAACAGCAGGUCCAACGACGGCAGGACCAACGACGGCAGGACCAACAACAGCAGGACCAACAACAGCAGGUCCAACGACGGCAGGACCAACAACAGCAGGACCAACAACAGCAGGUCCAACGACGGCAGGACCAACAACAACAGGACAAACUACCGCAGAAUCAACCACUGCAUCCGCUACACGUAAUGCCUUGUUGGGGAGAUCCUGCCGCAAUAGUAUCCUUGAUUUGGAAAAACAACUCAAUCUGUCUCUGGCUGAAGCCGGGGAGGUACUGAAUAACAUCACUGAUAUUUUCCAAACAUCCAACCCAAAUUUGGACACUUCUCUAGAUACUGAACUUACCAACGUAUUAGUCGACCUUCAGGUGCUCUUUAACAACACACAAGAUUUAGCAUUGUUGGUCAAUGAAACCACAGCAAACCUUAAUUCAACGGAACCCUGUGUAGCUGAUCAGUAUGCCGAGCUGUCCAGUAAUAUGACGGCUAAGGUCCAGGAAUUGAAAGCAAUCCGCGAUAGGAUAGCAAACCUGUCACCGGGUAGGAGAAGGGUCAGUACCCAGUUAAGAAAUUUUGUCAGGAUCACUAUCACAAUAUAUGUGUUUGUACAAAGAAUACAUAUAGAGGUCUAUGCAGAGGUAGAGGUUGUAUUCGGCAAAAUUGAUAUCGGAGUAAUAGUAGUUCCCGGUCUAAAUGAAGAACCAGUUACUACAACAACAUUAACAUCAACUACAGGCUCAACAAGUCCAGGACCAUCCACUUCUGGAUCACCAGGAUCCACUGAAGGUUCAACUGGCGGAUCUACUGGUGGGUCAACUGGCGGAUCUACUGAAGGUUCAACUGGCGGAUCUACUGAAGGUUCAACUGGCGGAUCUACUGGUGGGUCAACUGGCGGAUCCACUGAAGGUUCAACUGGCGGAUCUACUGGUGGGUCAACUGGUGGAUCUACUGAAGGUUCAACUGGCGGAUCUACUGGUGGGUCAACUGGCGGAUCCACUGAAGGUUCAACUGGCGGAUCUACUGGUGGGUCAACUGGCGGAUCCACUGAAGGUUCAACUGGCGGAUCUACUGAAGGUUCAACUGGCGGAUCCACUGGUGGGUCAACUGGCGGAUCCACUGAAGGUUCAACUGGCGGAUCUACUGAAGGUUCAACUGGCGGAUCCACUGGUGGGUCAACUGGCGGAUCCACUGAAGGUUCAACUGGCGGAUCUACUGAAGGUUCAACUGGCGGAUCUACUGGUGGGUCAACUGGCGGAUCCACUGAAGGUUCAACUGGCGGAUCUACUGAAGGUUCAACUGGCGGAUCUACUGAAGGUUCAACUGGCGGAUCAACUGAAGGUUCAACUGGCGGAUCUACUGAAGGUUCAACUGGCGGAUCUACUGAAGGUUCAACUGGCGGAUCAACUGAAGGUUCAACUGGCGGAUCUACUGAAGGUUCAACUGGCGGAUCUACUGAAGGUUCAACUGGCGGAUCUACUGAAGGUUCAACUGGCGGAUCUACUGAAGGUUCAACUGGCGGAUCUACUGAUGGGUCAACUGAUGGAUCAACGGACGGAUCUACUGAUGGGUCAACUGACGGAUCUACUGAUGGGUCAACGGACGGAUCUACUGAUGGGUCAACUGACGGAUCUACUGAUGGAUCUACUGAUGGGUCAACUGAUGGAUCAACGGACGGAUCUACUGAUGGAUCAACUGACGGAUCUACUGAUGGGUCAACUGACGGAUCUACUGAUGGAUCUACUGAUGGGUCAACGGACGGAUCUACUGAUGGAUCUACUGAUGGGUCAACGGACGGAUCUACUGAUGGAUCUACUGAUGGGUCAACGGACGGAUCUACUGAUGGGUCAACGGACGGAUCUACUGACGGAUCUACUGAUGGGUCAACGGACGGAUCUACUGAUGGGUCAACGGACGGAUCUACUGAUGGGUCAACGGACGGAUCUACUGAUGGGUCAACGGACGGAUCUACUGAUGGGUCAACGGACGGAUCUACUGAUGGAUCUACUGAUGGGUCAACGGACGGAUCUACUGAUGGAUCUACUGAUGGGUCAACGGACGGAUCAACGGACGGAUCUACUGAUGGGUCAACGGAUGGAUCUACUGACGGAUCUACUGAUGGGUCAACGGACGGAUCUACUGAUGGGUCAACGGACGGAUCUACUGACGGAUCAACGGACGGAUCUACUGAUGGGUCAACGGACGGAUCUACUGAUGGAUCUACUGAUGGGUCAACGGACGGAUCUACUGACGGAUCUACUGAUGGGUCAACGGACGGAUCUACUGACGGAUCAACGGACGGAUCUACUGAUGGGUCAACGGACGGAUCUACUGAUGGGUCAACGGACGGAUCUACUGAUGGGUCAACGGACGGAUCUACUGAUGGGUCAACUGAUGGAUCAACGGACGGAUCUACUGAUGGGUCAACUGACGGAUCUACUGAUGGGUCAACGGACGGAUCUACUGAUGGGUCAACUGACGGAUCUACUGAUGGAUCUACUGAUGGGUCAACUGAUGGAUCAACGGACGGAUCUACUGAUGGAUCUACUGAUGGGUCAACAGCCUCGAGUGACAGUUCAUCUUAGUCACCUGAUGGACUGUAAAGGUGUAGGUUUCAUCGUUAGUUCAUCUCCCAAAGUAAUAGGGGCAAAUUACUGUUGUACCUCAUCACAUGAAACCAAUUAUCCUUACAUUCAUAUAAUAAAAGAAGUAGAAAAUAGACAAGAGAACUUUGCCGAGUUCUCUUCACUAAUUGGUUAGGAAAA